CUUUAAUUCUCCGAUAAAAAUUUGUAUAUAUAAACACAAAAUCACUAGUCACACAAAACAUAAAACCUGUAAUUACAUUAAUUACGUAACAUAUUAACGAAAGGAAAAAAAAUGGCGAAGCGUCUUUUAGUUUCAGGCUGUCUUUCACUGCUCCCUCUAAUCCUCGGCGUCGUGUCGGCAACCAAAAAAGACACCACUCUCAUGAUGUGGGGCUGCUCCGCCUCCACCAACACCACCCUGUGUCUCAACUACCUCAGGUCCGACCCCCGUAGCUUCGCCGCCGGGAGUUACACCGAUCUCGGCAAAAUCAUGGCCGGGUUCGCGAUGGCCAAAGCCAAGGAGACACUGUCGUACGUCACAAAGUUGUCGUCCUCCGGCGGGAGGAUGAAGGACAAAGCUGCCGCCGCCGGCCUGGAGACCUGCCGCCGCGACUACGGCCGGAUCAUCUCCGUGCAUAUUCCCAAUGCCCUCCGGACCCUCCCGGUGACCGGCGAGGAGGAAGCUAGCCGGCGUUUGGGUGACGCGAUCCGGGAAGAGAUGGAUUGCGAGGAGGCGCUCCGGAAAGGUGGAGUCAAAUCUCCGUUGACCAAGAGGAACAAGGAUUUCUAUGAUGUUACAAUUUUAGCCCAAGAAUUGUGGUUUCUUGUUUGGGGUUAAUAUUAGGGGUGACUGGGAAAACCGAACAAAAUCAAUUCAAACUAAAUUUCUAAAACUAUAUCGUUUAAUGUACAUUUGUGAUAUACGUCUAUGAUAGAAUAAAUGUAGCAAGAUAUAUACAAAUAUAUAUGCAUGCGAAUUAAUAAUAACAGAUUCAAAAUUUUCUUAAAUCAAUUCACAAAACCCUU